AUGCUUGCCAUAUCUAUGGCUCAGCCUAUACCACAUAUCCUAUCUCACCUCGACCCGGUUCUCCCGUUAUCCAUGUUUCCGACAGAAAAUGUCCGACCUCUACAUCCCCCCUCACCGGGGAAAAAACCGAAACUAUCACUAAGGACUUCAGAUCUCGCUCCGACCUUUCAUGGAUCGACCAGUUGCCAGACCGGAAUCAAUACUGGUGCUACCACGACCCCAACGACAUUAAACACAUUCAAUAAUACAUUUGAUCUUGCCUACAGACCUUCACCAGUGACAACGCUUCCAUCACCGGCGACGCAUUCGCAAGCAAGAGGAAGUGCACAUCCGAGCUCUCCGGUUGUAAAACUCUCAGAAUAUCCUUACAUCCUAAAUUUGCCCUUUGGCGUCCAUUCGAUAUUGAAAAAUAGUCCACUUCCGCGAGAAAUUCGCCGACCUUCUGUCAGCGCAAGUCCUCGCUUGACUGGUCGACGAGUGUUUUUUCCAGUGAUCAAGAGGGUCGCAUUCCGUGCCGAAUUGGAGGAAGAAAUUUUCACAAAGACCUACACCAUGCGCCACGCGGACCUGAGUUCGUCCGAUGAGGAAUCUCUACCUUCCGAGAGUGAAGAGCAAAGUGGAACCUCCACCGAUGAGGACAGCGACGGCGAGGUAGGCCGCCAAAUCCGUGUGGAUGAAGUUUCGCCGCGCAAGAAAAGGAAGCGGAAGUCUGUUGCCGUGUCUCCAUCCCCUUCAUCUGAACUGGAACGAGGCAGACAAGAAACACCGCAAUGCGCAACUGCGAGUUCGAAACGGAAGCGACGGAGAUGGGAAUGGACUAUAGACUCGUCAAUAUCUGGUCUAGCUCGAUCGAGGGAAUUGUCUGAAGAAGUCAGAAAAGAUCAGAGCCUUCCAUUGGAAGGGCCGAGAAGAUCUCUAGAUGCAGAUGCAGUGCAGGAUGUGAAUCGGUCUGAGGAGAAUGGAGAGAUCAGACAGGUACAGGAUUGUCUAAGCGGCUGA